UAUAACAUGAUAUCAAUGUUUUGCUAUUUUCUUGCCUGUAAAAAAAUCCCACACCAAGCACACAGUUAAGGGAAAAAAAAUGGCUUCUCUCUACGCAAAUUCUAAGAACACUCUUGUUAAUGGCUUGGACAAAUUCUCUGAUCCUAACUAUGUUUCAAUUUUUGACACGACGCUUCGUGAUGGAGAGCAGGCUCCUGGUGCCUCCAUGACGGCUAUACAAAAGAUGAACAUUGCACGUCAGCUAGUCAAGCUUGGUGUUGAUGUAAUUGAGGCUGGUUUUCCAGCUUCCUCUGAGAUUGAGUUUGAGCUUGUAAAGUGUAUAGCACAUGAAAUUGGUUUUCCAGAGAACAUAUGUUAUGAUCACCACGUUGCUUUAGCUCCACUUUUGCAAUUUCACUUAAAUAAUUGUGGUGAUCCUUUCACGGAAAACCCUGUGGAUUUUCAUUCAAAAGAUUUUGAAGUGGCUGUUUUGGAUUGGUUUGCCAAAUUAUGGGAAAUUGAGAAGGAUGAAUAUUGGGGUUAUGUUACUCAUGGUGGCACAGAAGGCAAUCUUCAUGGAAUUUGGAUAGGGCGAGAGUUACUUCCUAAUGGAAUCUUAUACGCAUCAAAAGAUACUCAUUAUUCAGUCUUCAAAGCUGCAAGAUUGUACAAAAUAGAUUUGGAAAUGAUCAACACAACAACAAAUGGAGAGAUGGAUUAUUCUGAUUUGAGAGCAAAAUUACUUCAUAACAAGGACAAACCAGCAAUUAUAAAUAUUAAUAUUGGAACUACAUUCAAAGGGGCUGUUGAUGACAUUGAUGUUAUUCUUCAAACACUUGAAGAUUGUGGUUAUUCCCAUAAUAAGUUUUACAUCCAUUGUGAUGCAGCACUAAGUGGACUUAUUGUCCCUUUCAUUAAAAAUGUGAUUAGCUUUAAGAAGCCAAUUGGGAGUGUCACAAUUUCAGGUCACAAGUUCUUAGGAUGUCCAAUUCCUUGUGGAGUUCAAAUAACAAGAAAAAGUCACAUCGCUUAUCUCUCGAGAAAUGUGGAAUACAUUGCUUCUGUGGAUGCCACAAUUUCUGGAAGUCGAAAUGGUUUAACUCCAAUUUUGUUGUGGUAUAGUUUAAGGUCAAAAAAUCAAAUUGGGAUACAACAAGAUGUUAAGAGAUGCCUCUACAAUGCUAGAUAUUUGAAAGAUCUUCUUCAGCAAGCAAAUAUCAGUGUCAUGCUUAAUGAGUUGAGCAUUAUAGUUGUACUUGAGAGGCCUCUUGAUCAUGAAUUUACUCGUCAUUGGCAACUCUCUUGCGUGAGGGAUAUUGCACAUGUUAUUGUUAUGCCAAGUAUCACAAGAGAAACAUUAGACGAUUUCUUCAUUGAUUUGGUGCAAAAAAGAAAAAUGUGGUACCAAGAUGGAAGCGUUAAGCCUCCUUGUGUUGCAGAUGAUAUUGGUGCUCAAAAUUGUGCAUGCUCUCUUCAUAAUGGUCAGUAUGUAUUCCUUUAAGGAAACGAACACCCUAUCAUGAUCUAGACGAUGAAAUCUCAACAUGAAUUUGCUACAAUUGGAUGGAAUUGUAGGUUCUUUUCAUGUUCUUGUUGUAUCUUUUCUUUUUUUUUGUGUCUAUGCUACUUACAUUGUGAUUUGAAACUAGUUAAGUUGGUUGUAUGACGUCCAUAUGUAGAUUGUCUAAUCAAUCAAUAAAUAA